AUGGAUUUAUCAUUUGUGCAUACCAAAUUUCGGUCGCAGUUCGGGCGGCAGACCUUAUUUUCAGAUAGAGGACCCGAAAUUUUAGACUCGAUAUUGCCAAAUAAGAGAGAUUUUGAUGCAUACAUUUUGAAAGAUCCUGUUGAUCGUGCUACGCAGGUCAGCAGCAAAUUCGCUGAACAUGUGGUCAACACAGAUAGAGUCGAGGUGACAAAUAGUGGUAUGAACCACUCCGAAGGAGGAUGGCCGAAAGAUAUCAAUUAUCAAGAUCCUGAACAAACUGUACGUUAUAAAAGAAAAGUCGAAAAGGAAGAAGCUUACAACCGUAUUGUUUCGGAUUUAUGUCGGGAUAUGGAACAUUGCAUCUUACAAAACAAUGCCGUGAACAUAUAUCAGAAAUAUUUUGAAGAAUGCGAGCAAGCAGUUGUGGUAGAACCCUGUUCCUCUCGUACUGUGAAUGUGUAUCGUGACCAAACUCCGAACAAGCGCCCAAUUAGUCAUUUAUCUUGGUCACCUGAUGGUGGAACCAAGCUUGCUGUGGCGCAUUGUAUUACCAAGUUUCAAGCAGCCCAGAACGACGUGCCAACUGACUGUUAUAUUUGGGAUAUAGAAAAUCCGAACAUACCAUUACUGGUGUUUAAACCUCCUAUACCAAUGGUUAACCUCGAAUAUAACCAGAAAGAUCCGAAUUCGCUUGUAAGUGGCAUGACCACAGGGCAAGUAGCGGCUUGGGACACUCGGAAAGGUCCUGAUCCUGUUGAAAUGAGUCUUCGAGAAAAUAGCCACAGAGAACCCGUAACCGCGACCCUUUGGAUUAAUAGCAAAAGCGGUUCUGAAUUUUUUACAUCAUCCUUGGACGGUUCUGUUAAAUGGUGGGAUACUCGCAAAAUGGAUAAACCCACAGAAAAUUUAGUAAUUGAUACCGUAAAACCAGAUGAACAAGAUAUGUCCCGAGCAUUAGGUUUAACGGCUCUAGAGUAUGAACCCACUAUACCUACCAGAUACAUGAUGGGCACUGAUCAGGGUUUCAUCGUAGGCGGCAACAGGAAAGGAAAAUUGCCUUCAGAAAAAAUACUGUAUAAGUUUCCUGCUCACCCUGGUCCCAUUUAUUCAGUAAUGCGCAAUCCGGCGUUUGUAAAAAAUAUACUGACAGUCGGAGAAUGGACGGCGAAGAUUUGGUCGGAAGAUUGCAAAGAGAGCGCCAUUAUCUGGACUGGUCCACAACGUCACCUGCUAACAUCCGGCGCAUGGAGUCCAACAAAAUUUUCUGCCUUCUUUGUCACAAGAUUUGAUGGUACUCUUGACAUUUGGGAUAUCAUGAACACGCAACGAGAGCCGACCCUCAGUAUAAAAGUUUGUGAUGUGCCCUUACGCUGUAUGAGAAUCGAGGAACAUGGUAGAUUUAUCGCUACUGCCAAUGAUAAUGGCACCGCGUACCUGAUUGAGGUUUCCCAGAACCUCUGCACUAACCAGAGAAAUGAUAAACCAAUGCUCACUGCUAUGUUUGAGAGAGAAACACGGCGCGAAAAAAUAUUGGAAGGCCGUAUAAGAGAAAUUAAACUAAAACUCAAAUCAGAAGCUAAAGCUGAAGCCGAAGCUGAAGCUGCUGAAGAAGCACCACCUCAGCCAGCACCUGAAGCUGCUGAGGAGCUACUGGGAGAAGUUGAACCAGAACCAACACCUGCGGAACCACAACCUGAACCUCUUGGUGAACUGCCUGGCGAAGGCAUGGAGGAAGAUGCAGAGGGUCAAGAGGGAGAUGUUGAAAAGGGACAAGAAAUAGAAGUGCCGUCAGAUGUAUCUGUACGACUUACGACAGAUGAAAGCGCGGCAGAUCCAAGUAUUCUACAAGCUGAAGUUGAGUAUUUCCAGAUGGUGGAAAAAGAACGUAAAGCAAGGUUGCCUCCAGAACCAGAACCAAUCUAUGAACAAGAGGAAGUGGAAGGUGAAGAUGACGAAGCUUGGGCUGCCGAUGAAGUUCCACAGGAACAGAAAAGGACUGUAGGUAUGCAAGAUGCUCCAACAGAGGCUGAAACAAAGGAAGAAGAAGAGCAGGGAGAGGAAGGCGAGGAAGCUGGGGCACAAGAAGCAGAAAAUCAAUAG